AAGAAAACCUGAGAGGUUGGCAAAGAAUAAGAUACAAAGUUCAAAAACCCAAGUCAUGGGGAUUUGGCUUUCAGCUUUAUAUUUAGUUAAAGAAUUAAAUUCCUUUACGUUGUCAUGCAAGUAUAGGAUCAUCCCUCCAUAAUGUCUUUUGGUUGAAUACAUAACAUUACAUCUUCACAAGACAACUAAUCAAUUAAUUCCCAAAGUAGUAGAAAAAAAAUAAACAGAGGGAGAAGAAACAAAAUGGGUAAACAUGAUCAUCACCAUAAUGGCCUGCGAGAGUUUAUUGGAGCAGUUCAGACCCAGAUGAACCUGCAGAUUCUGUGUGUCAGUGAGUCUAACAAAAACAUUAUCAAGGGAAAACUUGUUGUUGAGCAUACUCCAGGCCUAUCGGGUCCUGGAAGAUUAGCAUUUGUACAGAUUUACAGUGCCUCACAAGUAGACCCAAUGACAGAGACCGGCAAAGGGACAUUAAGUGAAAAGGCAGAGUUGAAGCAUGGGAAGAGCAAGGAUGAGAAUGGCACCAAAACAACAACCUACAGAAUAAAGUUUCAAGUGGAGUCUGAUUUUGGAAUUCCAGGAGCUCUACUCAUACAAAACAAACAUAAACAUAAAUUCUUCCUUCGAUAUGCAUUUCUUCAACUUUCCACCAAUCAACUUAUCCACUUUGACUGCAACUCCUGGGUUUACCCCCUCAACAAAACUUCAACUCCCAGGAUCUUCUUCUCGAACACUAGUUACCUUCCCAAAGAAACACCUAUUGCGCUCAGAGAGUUGAGGAAGGAAGAACUUAAAAGCUUAAGAGGAGAUGGAAAAGGAGAGAGGCAAGAAUGGGAUCGAAUCUACGACUAUGAUGUCUACAAUUGCAGACAUGUUUUAGGUGGCUCUGAAUCACAUCCAUAUCCUCGAAGGGGAAGAACAGGUAAAUCUGAAGAGACCCAACCUGGGAUGAUAAAUUUGGAACAUGUAUAUGUUCCUCCAGAUGAGAGAUUUAGUCCCAAGAAAAUGUCAGAGUUGAUAGAGAAUUCAAUCCAAGCAGCUGUACAUUUCAUCAUACCUGAGGCAAAGUCUGCCAUCUACAAAGAUCCAAAAAGCUUUUGUGUAUUUGAUGAGAUACUUGACUUGUAUUCUAGCAAUAGAAGUCAUGAAACAGAGAGAGCGGUGUUACUCAAACUAAAGAACUUGUUGCCGGCUGACAUUUUCAAGCAAAUUACAUCUGUAAGUAAACAAGUUCCCAAGAAAUUCACAUUGCCUCAGAUUAUAGCAGAUGAUGAAUUGGCAUGGAAGAAUGAUGAUGUAUUUGCACAUCAAACACUCGCUGGAAUUAACCCAAUAGUAAUUCGAGUAGUGAAGUCUAUUCAAGAGAUAGAGGGCUUCUUACCAAAAUUAGAGAAAUCAGAUAUAGCGCACAGCCUUGAGGGCUUGUCUCUCCACUCGGCAAUUCAGGAAAGGAGGAUAUUUAUAUUAGAUCACCAGGAACAUCUGAAGCCAUUUAUUGAUGGAAGCAGCAGCAAGCGUAUGGAUUCAGAAAAGCUAUCUGUUUAUGCAUCCCAAACACUCUUCUUCUCAAGAAGUGAUGCCACAUUGAAGACACUGGCAAUAACAUUGAGCGAAGGUUUGGAUACAAGGGUGUUCCUUCCGGUGAGCCAAGGCACAGAUGCUGCACUCUGGCAUAUGGCUAGAGCUCAUGUUGCAGCUAAUGACUCGCUCCACCAUCAACUAGGAAGUCAUUGGUUGCAUACUCAUGCUGUGGUGGAGCCAUUUAUCAUCGCAACAAGAAGGCAGUUAAGUGCUAUGCAUCCGAUUCAUCGGCUAUUGGAUCCACAUUUCAAAGACACAAUGCAUAUAAAUGCACUGGCUCGGAAUUUUCUUAUUUGCUCUGGUGGAGUACUCGAGAAAAUACUGCAACUAGGUAAAAAUUCCAUGGACUACUCUUCAGAACUCUAUAAGAAGUGGAGGUUUGAUGAGCAAGCUCUCCCUGUGGAUCUUCAAAAAAGAUGGAUACAUGAAAAAAUUGGACACAUGAAACACAGAUACACAACAAACCUCUAUAUGUACACGUGUUGUCAUGUCUUUCAUAGCAUAUCCAAGACAAUUUGCCUAACAUCAAACAAUUGUUAUGAGACAUCACUUCAUAAACCUGCAAUUUUGCCAAAUCUCUAUAAAGAUGAUGAAUCUGUCAAGCAAGAUGAAGAAAUCCAAGCAUGGUGGUCAGAAAUUCGAGAAGUUGGCCAUGGUGAUAAGUGCAAUGAGACAUGGUGGUACCAGAUGGAAAAUCGAUCCGAACUAAUAAAGACUCUAACAACUCUGAUAUGGAUUACAUCAGCACUUCAUGCUUCAAUAAACUUUGGCCAAUAUGCAUAUGCUGGCUACCCUCCCAAUCGCCCAGCAGCAUGUCGAGGAUCCAUUCCUAGAGAAGGAACAGAAGAAUAUGCAGAAUUCCUAAGAGAUCCAGAUAAUUACUAUCUUAAGAUGUUACCAGAUAGAUUUCAGAUGGCACUCUAUAUAGCAGUAAUGAAUAUUCUCUCCCAGCACACAUCAGAUGAAGUCUACAUGGGUCAGAGGCCCUCAUGGAACUGGACAGACAAUGAAGAGGUUCUCCAAAAGUUCAAGAAUUUCAGUGAAAGACUUAAGGAGAUAGAAAAGGAAAUUUUAAAGAGGAAUGAAGACCCCCAGCGCAAGAACAGGGUAGGCCCAGCCAAAAUUCCAUAUACAUUUCUCUAUCCUAAUACUUCCAAAGUUGGCCAAGUGGGCGGAAUCACAGGAAGAGGAAUUCCUAACAGCAUAUCCAUUUGAAUUUAUAUAAUAUAAUUGAUAAUUGAAAAACGAAUUUACUAUAAUUAACCAAAUUUUACUUAGUAGAAACAAUAGAAUUCAUGUUAUCAAGGUACCAGACAUGCUUCAUAAGACUA